AUGCCACCAGAAGGAAGCACGAGGGCUAGGUUUCUGCCAGGUUGCCCAAGCCUAGACAGAGGCAGUCGAGAGGCAGAGGUUGGGUCACUAAAUUCGCCACCUCGCUCCCCCCUCACUAUUAUCCAGCAUGGUGAGGUUCCUGUGACCUCUAAGACAGAAAUUCUGAGCAAACCUACCGAAUCUUUGCAUGUGUGCGAAGUCAAGGCAAUUGAAUGUGCUGCACCAGGCCGCCUCAUGUUUCAGUCGCUACGGUAUUUGAAAUAUCGCGAUACAUGUAUAUUUGUAAUGUACUACUCCAUGAACCAAAUUAGUUUGCAAAUGAGUGUAUAUUCGCUGAUUUCGUGCAAUUUGGUUUCAAGUAGAACAUAA